CCCCACAUAUUAACCCCUUCCUGCCCAGUGCCAUUAGUACAGUGUCAGUGCUUUUUAUUAGCACUGAUCACAUUAUUGGUGUCACUGGGGAUGUCAGUGACACCAAGUCAGUUCUCCCCAGUGUCAGAAUGCCCACUGCAGUCCCACUAUAAGUCGCUGAUCGCCACCAUUCCAGUGUAUAUACAGCCAUUUAUAAACGCUAUAACUUUCACGUAAACCAAUUCAUUUCCAUAAAAGAAUCCAGGCCUUUUUGCACUUAUUGGGAUUUUU